AAUUGUUUUCACAUGCCGAAACAUCCGGCAUCGAGGAGGCCAAGAAGGAUGCUGGGCAGGCAGGUCAUGCUAUCGCUCAGAAGCAUCGAGAUGUACCUUGCACUUCUGCUCACGCUGAGCUUGCUACGAGUAUGUCACAAAAAGAGUCCGAUUGUGCGGGAGGAUCUCAGCAACAAUUGCGUUCUUCGCAUGGUCCAGCACUGUUACUGAGUCGCUUGCUGUUAACUCUGUGUCGCCUCAACCUGGUGAACGACGCUUCUUUCGUGAAUGUGUGCAACCGUGCAGGGGCAGCGAUGAGUGGCGUGCGCUGUCGCGCCACGUUGUACGAUCUAGCCAUGAUGCUCGCAAACAGGCAUUAUUUUGCAGAGCGGAGUGAAGAUCAAGGUCUUAUCUUGCUUGCAGAUGUGAUUCGUGCCGCGAUGCCCGUCAUGGAGAACGAGGGGCACAGGGAGCUUCUCUUCAAGCCCGUUCUUUUUGCAUGCAGUAGUUUCAACCAUUUUGACGAGCCUUUCCUUACACUCGUCACGCAAAAAAUUUUGUCCGGCCGAGCACCGCACGCUACUCCAUCGUCUGACGCGGUGGGUGUCGAUCGGGGAGCAGCGUUCACCGCGCUGAAGGAUUCCGCAGCCGCUGACAGCACGUCCGUGACGCCUGCUGCACCGUUAGUACUCUCAACACUGCAGUCUUCGAAUGCAGAACCACGGGCAAAACACGAACCGAAAUCAGUUUUGGAACUGCUUACGGUGUCAGAGCUGGCAGACCUGUACAGAAGUUUUGGGCAGUUGCAGUGGCGCACAGCGGUGGUUUCCGGUCGUGGCGGCGUGAGUGCGGCAACGGCAGAGGGC